GAAGGACUCCUGUGCUCAAUGUUGGCAGUGCGCGCGUUCGCUCCUGCUCAAUGCCAGCUCUGCUCAGCUGCUCUCCGGCUCUCGCUCGCUCACUCGUGCAUAAAGCGCACGCUCCAACAGGCUGGGUACGCGGGGAGGCAUGGAAUGGAACCUCAGAAGAAUGGAGAGUGAACUGAGAACAAUCAACCCUGACCUGCUGCAACCCAGCAAAAGCUUCAAGAAAUCCUCCUCAGGCACAGUAACCCUUAAUGUAGGGGGCUACCUGUACGCUUCCCAGAGACAGACUCUUGCCAAGCACCCCGGCUCACUGCUGGAGGAGCUGGCCAGUGGAAAGAGGCCGUAACAUGUGGACUCCAUGGGCAAUGCCUUCAUUGACCGGGACGGCCCCAUCUUCCGCCACGUCCUCAACUUCUUACGACUGGGGGAGCUGUUGCUCCCAGAUGACUUCAAGGAGAUCGGGCUGUUGCAGCGUGAAGCAGAGUUCUACAGGCUGCCUGAUCUCACCGAAGCAGCGUUGGACUGGGACCAGCAGCAGACUGCGCAGCGCGAGCCGGCCUUCAUGGAGGUGACGGACAGCCACGAGCGCUCACAUGGCCUUAAGGUCUACUGUAGUGACACCGGCUUCAUCGAGAAGGUGAAGAGCCGCCUGGUGCAGAUCUCCAAGAGCCGACUGGAUGGUUUCCCAGAAGAGUUCGCAGUGUCAUCCAAUGUUAUCCAAUUCCGUCACUUCAUCAAGUCAGAAAUGGGCUCCCGGCUGGUACUGAAGGAAGACAGCACCUUCCUGUGCACACUGGAGUGCCUGAAGCUGGAGACUGUCAUGCUGGCCCUCAGGGGAGGGUUCCGGCUCCUCACAAGUCUAGACAGCAGCCGCGGGUCUGUGGUCCAAUGUGAGGCUCUACACUUUGUUAAAUGACAACAGACAGAGAGAGAGAGAGAGAGAGAGAGAGAGAGAAAGAGAGAGAGAAGAUGAGGGAGAGAGGAACAAGAGUUGGGACGCCAUCUACACAGGUAAUACAAACACUAAUCAAGAGCAGUACCUGUACUCCUAUCAAGAUUCCUUGACGUGAAAACACACACUGGAUUAAGGAACACUUCUUGACUUCU